AAGUAUAAUUACAGUAAGACAGAAAGUGGAGUCAGAGUGGAGAAGAGGAAGAAAGACAGAGUGUGUGUGUGUGUGUGUGUGUGUGAGAGAGAGAGAGAGAGAGAGAGAGAGAGCCCAGCCCACUUGUACAAAACCAUUCACCUCGUGCAUAGUGAGCAGUCCCAGAGCUCUACACUGCUUCCCCAGGGCUCAUCCACAAGACGCCUGCCUUUCCCAUCCAAACUUCUCAGAGACCCAGAAGCAAGAGAGAGAAAAGGAGAAAGAACACCUACAAGUGAAGCAACCGGCAGAACUAUUCUUCCUCUUCAGUCAUCACCUCUCGUCACAGCAGCUCUCCUCUUAGCAACAAGGAUUACCAUUUUUCAAUCCUUUACUUGAUUUUAGUAGGUCAAACUUUUUAAAAGUUUUAGGUCAAAACUUUUUUUUUUCUUUUUUUUUCAAACCUAUCAGACUGAACACAUCCACAGCUACAAGACAGGUAGUUCCUGGAGGGACAUUUGAUCAAGAGGAAAAAGUUUUUCUUUUUUUUUAUUCUAGUUAGUUAGGCUGCUGUGGUCAGUUUGCAUCAUUUCUUCAGCCUCCUGCUCCAAGGAUGACGCUCCUGCCUGCCAUGAGUGUAGCACUGCUGCUCCUGGCUCACUGCUAUUCACUUAAUGCCAUGGCCACCUCGGGCACCUUGGCAUCCGCGCCCUCUUCACCAUCGGACUGCCCCUCUUGUGCCAUGGCACGGCUGCGGAGGAGUGGCACAGAAGCACUAAUGGAGGAGGAGGAGGCGCAGCAGGAUGUGGUGGAAGCGGUGAAGAGGCACAUCCUCAGCAUGCUGCACCUGCAGGAUCGGCCCAACAUCACACACCCAGUACCCCGCGCUGCCCUGCUCAAUGCCAUCCGCAAGGUCCAUGUGGGCCGCGUGGCCAAGGACGGCAGCGUGCUGAUCGACGACGAGCCUCACGGACGCCUCGAGGCCGAGAACAGUGAACAGACAGAAAUUAUCACCUUCGCCGAAGCUGGUGAAACCCCAGGUCUGAUAAACUUCCUCAUCUCUAAAGAGGGUUACGAGAUGUCUGUGGUGGAGCAGGCCAAUGUCUGGAUCUUCCUGCGGCUUCCAAAGGGCAACCGCACCCGCGCAAAUGUCACCAUUCGACUGCUCCUGCAGCAGCCGGGCUCUGGGGAGAAGCUGGUGGCUGAGAAAGCAGUUGACACUAGACGCAGCGGCUGGCACACUUUCCCCAUGGCAUCUAGUAUGCAGUCUCUGCUGGAACAGGGCAUAAGUGCACUGAACCUGCGUGUCUCGUGCCCAUCAUGUGCCGAUGCCCGUGCUACACCGGUCCUGGUGACUCCUGGAGGAGGAGGAGAGCGAGAACAGUCUCACCGGCCCUUUCUGAUGGCUGUGGUGCGUCAAAUGGAGGAGAACGGGCCAAGACGGCGCCGCAAGCGUGGCCUGGAAUGCGAUGGCAAGGUACGUGUGUGCUGCAAGCGUCAGUUCUACGUCAAUUUCAAAGACAUUGGCUGGAACGACUGGAUCAUUGCACCGACUGGCUACCACGCCAACUACUGUGAGGGUGAGUGCCCGAGCCAUGUGGCCAGCAUCACAGGCUCAGCACUUUCCUUCCAUUCCACUGUCAUCAACCACUACCGCAUGCGCGGUUACAGCCCCUUCACUAGCAUCAGGUCGUGUUGUGUCCCCACGCGCCUCCGUGCCAUGUCUAUGCUCUACUACAAUGAGGAGCAGAAGAUUGUCAAGAAGGACAUCCAAAACAUGAUUGUGGAGGAGUGUGGCUGCUCAUAAGACAAAAAAUUACUAAAGACAUACAAAGACAAGCAUAAGAGCAGGGAAGGACAGUACAGAGUGCCGAGUUUGGCUUGUAGGCCAGGGUGGGGAGGGAACAGGGACCAGUGCCCUAAUGGCAAGGACUUGGGCAAAAAGAAAAAGGAGUGAGGUGAAGGGAUGAGGGAAAGAGCUUGAAAGAGCUCUCUUCAUCUCUCUAUCACACUCAGACUCCCAUACAACGACGGGCCUCUCUCUCAACACGGUGGCUGCUUGAACUUGGCCGUCUGAAAAUCCAGGGGGUAUCUAUAGCUUGGAGCAGUUUCUGUGGCACUUUCAAAAGAAAAAAAUGAAUAUAUAAUAUAUUUUUGCUACAAAGCUGAGGGAAAGGGGUGAGAUGAUAUUUAUGCGAGCGAGAGUGCAGUGCGGUCACUCCAAACAUGCCCCGCAUAAGGAGUGACCAUGAUGAUGAGGUGCCUGAAAAAACAAAUCUCAAAACUAUGCAACUUGUCAAGUAUUAAGAAUUAUUUUUCAUUGAUGUGUUGUUUUGGUUAACUAUUUACUUUUACAAACUAAAAAAAAAGGAAGUUGACUUUUUAUACUUUUCUGAAAGUAUAUUUGUGUCUUAUGUGUGUUUGUAUGUGUACAUGUAUGUGUGUGUGUGUGUGUGUGUGCGCGUGUGUGUGUUGUUGAGAGAUACUUGAAAGAAGUUUGACGGGCUGCUGGAACCAAACAUUUCUGUUUAUUAUUAUUAUUAUUAUUAUUAUUAUUCUAAUUAUUAUAACUUUAUGUUAAUAAUAUUAUUGUUUUUCUUUCCUUUUUAUUAUUUUAAAAAUGAGACGUUACGAACGUUUACAGUUUGCACUAUACCAUCAUCAUAGCCACAUAUACAAAUGGUAUUUAGCGAAAGACAAGAAGCACUUCAAAACGGACAAAAUUUCAUUAGCGUACGUUUGACCAGGUGAGGAAAAGUGAGAAUGAUGGGUUAGGAAUGAUGAGGAGUGAGGAAGAGAAAAACCCUGUACACACCUGCAUUGUGUUGUUUUUAAUUUUAUAAUUAAACACCAAAGACUUUAAGUUUGUUUUUUUUAACUAUAUACAUAUGUUUUUUUUCUUUUCUUUUUUUUUCCGAGAACAAUCUUUCACAAAGACAUCCAGGUCAAACCCAAGCAAAUGCCCUGAAUGACUGAUCCAUCCCAUAAUAAUUCUCAAUCUUUUGUGCUUUUUUUGCACUGCUGCACUCUCCAUGUGUGUUUAGCCAUCUAAAUGUUAAACACAGCACUUAAACCAACAUUUUUGAGUUUUCUUCUUGCUUUUUUUUGUAAUGAAAAUGAAUGUGCAGCGCUGAUAUUUAAAGAAAUUGGGAGAUGACUUGCUGAAUUAUCUGUUAGGUAUUUAUAAAAUAAUUCACCAAAUAUUGGAAGGACCCUGUAUGACCCAAACAAUGUCACCAUUUUAUUUUACAGAUGUUAAUUUUUUUUUCUCCUAAAAACAGUUAACUGCAAUGUUUUAAAAAAAAAAUGAAGCAACUAUUUAGCAUAAAAAUGCUUAAUACAUGAGAAAAGCUUAUUGUCAGGAUGUGUGUGAAUGCAUACAAAAAAAAACAAUAGUAAGAAAAUAAAUCAAAAAAGAGAAAAAUGUCAAAUCUAGAAAAAAUAAAAAAUAAAAUAUGUGGUAUAUGUUUUUGUUUUUCUUCAUGCAGACAAAAAAAAAUGACACUGAAAGAAGUGGAUUAAGACUAAAAGUAGAUAUAUAUUUUUAUUCUGUAUAUAUGGAAGUUAAAAUACCAAUAUGUUGCAUUGCUUUGUUGUACAAAAAUGUGCUUGUGUUUUUUUAACCUAAUUUAUUUUACAGUAUUUUCCCUAUUUUUUGCUUCACCAUUAAAGUUACAAGGUUGUACACUAAAAUAGAUGUGUUGUUUGUUAUUUUUGGUUGGGAGCAAUUUGGUGCAAAAAGUCCUAGCAUGAAGCCGAAGAUGUGGCCACAGUAAAGAGAUGCUCUGCAUGCUCAAUCCACUUCAGCUCCAUCUACACUUAACUGGACCACAUACCCAACUCACAAAAUGGUCCACACCAAAUAUCACACUAAAAUGCAUCACUUUAAUCUUUUUUUUCACUACAACUUACACUAGCACUUUUUUUUAACUGUCCAGCUAAAUCUAAUGAAGCCUGGUGGAAACUAUUUACUCCUGAUUCCUUCAAUCUUCCAGGGUAAUUAAACAGUACUAUACUCUUAGGAAAAAAUAGUUCCUUAAGGGCUCUUUGGAUUGUUACUGCUUUUAUCUUCAUUAAAGGGCUCUACUUUUUUCUAAAAGAGAAAUGAUCUGUUAUAAGGUUAUCUGGGUUCUCCCAGAGGGAAACUGAGGAAACGUUUAGAGUAUCACUUCAACACAAGAAAUCCUCUAUACUUUUAGAAAAAAAAGUGAAUCUAAAAAAGGUCUUUGGGGGUCCUUGUGGGUAUCCUUAAAAUUCCUGUAUAGAACCUUAAAACUAUCUUUUGUAGAAGCAUUUUAAUUCAAUUCAGUUCAGUUUCAUUUUAAAAAGCACUUUUAACAGUGGACAUUGUCACAAAGCUAAAAUCAUUUUAGCUAAGGACACUUAACAAUCCAAAGAACCAUUGAAGGGCACUUAAAAUGUAUGGUACACUAUAAUUAAAAUGAUUAAAAUGACUAGCAGAAAAAAGUUUCCUCAAGGUCUCUUUAGAUUGUUACCUGUUUUAGAUUUAUAUAGAGGGGUUCUACUUGGUAAAAGGGAAACCGCCUAAGGUUCUACAUAAAACCUUUAAUAGUUCUCGUUAUUCAACCCAAGAAUCCUCCUACUAACUCUACAGUUUUGGAAAAAAAUAAAAAGGUUGAAUUUAGAAAACUUAAGGGCUUAUGGUUGUCCUUCAGGGAAAUCCCUAAAGGCCUGAAUGCGUCCAUAUCAAAAAAGGUUCCAAAUAGAACCACUUUAGAAAGCUAAAAUCCAUUAACUAUCCAGCUACCCAAUGACUAGUACAUUCAUAGAAUAAAAAGUUGCUUAAGGGCUGCUUGGAUCAUUGCCGCUCAUAACUCUAUCAAAGGGUUCUACUUGGUAUAUUUUUCUAAAAGUAUAUCCUUAUACUGUUAUUAGGUUUUACAUAAAUCCUUUAAAGGUUCUCCCAGUGGGACAAACUGAUUAACCAUUUAGAGUAUACAAUCACUUCACAAAAAACCCUAAAAAAUCCUAUUAAGAGAGCUACACAUUUAGAAAAAUGAUUGAAUUUAGAACCCUUAAGCAAUUGUCUUUAGGAACCCUUAAGGUUGUCUUUCUGGGGAAUCCUUAGAGGUAUUAUAUAGUACCUUACAACUGAAUAUCAAAAAGCUUUCCAUGUAGACCCCUUUUAAAAAGCAAUGAACUUGGGAUAGGAACCCCACAGAGACUCUAGAUCUUUUGUAGCCUUAAAUGAAAAUUUUCUAUGUAUGUUUACUAUGGAAAGACUCAUACUAAAGGUACUAAGGAUACUAAUGGUACAAGCAAAAUAUGAUAAGGCCACAUAAACUUAGUUUAAGCCCAAAAAUAUUAGAUUUAUUAGAUUCUUAAAUCUAUAGAUUAGAUUUUUACAUCAAUCUUUGGUUAACAAUGCUAUGGAAACAAAGGGAAGGGGUUCAUAAUACAUUUUCCUCUUUGAAAAUGAUAACAGUCAAAAGUCAGUGAUGUGUGAAAACAAAAGAAGAAAAACAUUGUGUUCUAUUUAGCCAUGAUUGAAAAUAGGCCCCAUAUAUUAGCAUUGGAAACAAUAACCAUGUGCUCUGAGUGCUGAAGGCACCUAUAUACUUGUCUAGUAUAAAUGUGUUGUACUAGUUUAGGCAACAUGGCUUUAAUAGUAGCACACUGCAACUUCAAAGGAGCUCCUCAAUUAUAAAAAAAUCUCCAGUGGCCACUAAGGAAACAGUCCCAAACCACAUACGAGGAGGAUGACAGUUUACAUGUUAAAUUGGCAUGAUUAUCUGCACACAAAACCAGAUGGCUACUAUAUUAAGAGUUUUGCAUGCAAAAGUUGAGCGAAGCCGUGGUGGUUCGUAGGAAGUGAACUAGCCAUGCCAGUCUUCUAGCCACUGAUCAAACAGCGCUGACACACUUCAAAACAUCCUCUUGAGGAAGACGAACACCCAAACACACACACACAUACACGCACACGUGCAAAACAUAACAUUUAUAAAACUGACACAUAGGCAGUUAGUGCAGCUAGCUUAAGAUGGUAUAAGGCAAUGUUUCUUAGCGACUGCUUAAAAAUAGAGCUGCCUUAAGCUAAUGACAGAGGGGGACACCGAAAUGGCUGACAGAUGAUAAUACUCCUUCAGGAGCCGAUCAAAGGGCACGACAAACCAAAUGUGCAGGAGUUCCCUUUGAGGAAAGGACUGUGCAGGCAGGAGACCACAGGAUGGUCAUUCAUUUAGAGUACACACUCGUUCCCACACAAUUUAAUUCUCCUCAGCAUGCUAAGAGUUACAGCAACAAUCAGUAUAGUGCUGCUUUUUGUGAAAAAGAAAAAGCCUCAGUUCAUUAGUUUUGACGGCUCUGGUUCUGGAGGUUUUCUCUCAGAGACAUUAUAUGGUGUUAUGCUGUAGACUUUGUUCAUCAACCUAAUUAGAGUUGAUUGUAUUUGUUAAACAGUUUCAGUGUCUUGACCUCAGUCUCAACAAAAAUAAAGCAGUGGAAUACAUUGGUUUGGCAUCAUUCAUACUGGCUGAAACUGCAGGCCAACAAUACCUGUGAACAUCGGCUGACAAUGAGAAUCUGAAUAUAAGUCUAAAUUGGGAAAGUAGAGGAAACAAUGGCAGUUUGUGUGUAUGUGUGUUUGAGGAGGGGGAGCGGGGGUGUUGUGCAAGGUGUUGGUUCAACAUCCCAAACAAAGCAAAGAUGAAUGAUCUACACAGUGCUUGAAGACACACACUGUAAUUACAUGACAUGGUUGCUAACAGCAGCCAGGAUUUUGGAAACUUUUACAAGCAUAAGCUAAGUGGAUCCAGUUUGUACAGUAUUAGAAAAAAUCAUUUGGGAUAUGUUUCAUUUGGCAGCUGGCAAUGGGA